AUGAAUCCCGCGAAGAUACAGCGGAACGCGUCCAUGCUGCGUACUGCGUCCCAGAUGACAGUCGCAGGUUCGGACGGACAAGACGCUCAAGAUUUCGGUCCUAUAGAGAGAGCUCAGCCCCUUGUUGGCUCAAAAGGGAAGGACAAAGCUGGAUCCUUCCCAGCAUCAAUGCUCUGGCUUGCGGCCCCCGCAUGGCUUUCGUUGGCCAGUGCGGUCACCUAUGUCCAUGAACAGGAUUACAUGAGCGGCUUCUUCGACCAGUGGGAUUUCGUGCCUGCCGAUGAUCCCACUCACGGCACUGUUGACUAUAUUGCGCGUGAGGACGCAGAGCGUUUGGAACUGGUGCGCAGUCACACGAACGGCGUUUUCAUUGGCGUUGACAACGUGACUGUUCUAAAUCUCACCGAGGGCAGAGGGCGCAAAUCCAUUCGGCUCGAGUCCACCAAACGGUACAACGAUGGGCUGUUCAUCAUUACCCUGGACCACGCUCCAACAGGCUGUGGCUCCUGGCCGGCAUUUUGGAUGUUUGGAGAAGACCCGGAUCAUAUUUGGCCAGAAUGGGGGGAGUUUGACAUCAUUGAGUGGAUUCACGACGAGGAGAACGUUUCUACAACUUUACACACGAAGGCUGGCUGUACCCAGUCGCAUCUCAGAGAGGGAAAGCACAUGAAAGCCUGGUGGAAUCCCGGCAUCUAUGGGAGAGGAAAGGCGUCCAACUGUGAUGUGCACGCACAAGGACAGUGGCAAAACCAGGGCUGUUCACAACGUGGCUUGGCGGGCACUGUGGGCCCCAGUUUCAAUGCGGGCGGUGGUGGCACGUACGCGGCCGAGUGGGACCCUUUGGCCGGACACAUGCGAGUCUGGUUUUGGCCCUCGGGCUCUGAACCCGAAGAUGCAAAAGGCCCGACACCGGACCCGGAACUUUGGGGUCAGCCGGAUUUCUACUUCGAGCUUAGCGAUGUAUGUACGAAAAGCCAUUUCAAGAAUAUGAAGCUGGUCUUUGACAUCACCUUUUGUGGCGAUCUGGGCUCUCCCACCUUUCAUGAACACUGUGGCGCCAAAGCGGCCAAAGCGGGCCACAGCAAUUGUGAGGCCUUCGUCCGGCAGGAACCUGGGGCCUUUCACCAGACAUACUGGUGGGUCUCGGCCCUUGAUGUUUACCACCGCGAGGAGAGCUUAGCCUUCACGGAUCUUGACUCGGUUGAGACCUCCGCUGGAUGCAGGCCGGAGCACGUGACCGGCCUGGAAUCUCGGAUUCAGGAGCUCGAGGGCAUCCUCGCCCAGAGAGAUGGCGAACUACGCGAUCUCUGGGCGAAGGCCGCGGCCGGCGUCCGAGCCUCCAAGCGGAUCUGCUUCCACCCGGACAUGCGUCGAUAUCUGGGGCCAUUGAUCACUGAUCUCGCUUGGAUGGCUACAGAUACCAUGGUCCGGAUCCAGAACCGCAGGAAGCAGCUGAAGACUCUGGGCAUCCUUGGCUGUGGAGGCUUCGGCUUUGUGGAGCUUGUCGAGCAUGACCUCACUGGUGAGACCUAUGCCCUCAAGGCGAUUAGCAAGGGCUACAUUGUCAAGAGUGGGAUGAAGAACAGCGUGUUGCAGGCCCAGGGCCAUGCGCGAUUCCCAUUCCGAGUACCUCUUCACGUGGCUUUGCGUGUAACUUCUGAAUUUGCUGAUGCGUGCGUUGUCGAUCUUCUCAGUUGCGACAUCUCGGGUGGCAUGCAGCUCUACAAAGAAACGAACAACCCGCUCCUGGCGGACAUCGAAUUCGAAGCUGACUGUGAAAUUCAGACCUGGGCCCGUCCUGCCCUCUCCACUGGUGCUCCUCCUUGGGUGCAAGACGAGAGCAGGGUAAGCUGGUUUGCCGGCGUUAUUCUACUUGACUUCCUGCAAGUCAAAUGGUCAGAUGAGGUCACACCCAUUGGUAGCUUGUCGGCUGCUGAGUUUCUGGUCUCGCACCAGUCAUGCGACGGUUUGAGGCAGGCCCUGGACCUCCUCAUUCGCAGAUACGAUGUGGACGAGGUGGUCCAGGAGAUGCUCAAGCAAGUGCUUAUCGCGAAGCCUGAGAACCCGCGAAGAUUUCUGCUACAAUACUUAGAAAAGGACAUUGAGGCUGAGGGCGGCGACCUCUCGGAUGCGGACCUGCAGAAGCUUUUCCUG